AAAUACCCGUAUUUUUUGACCAAAAAAGAUGUCUUCAUCACAACCCAACAAGCCAUCUUAUAAGCCGAAAUUUCCUAUCGCAAGGAUUAAAAAAAUCAUGCAAGCAGAUGAGGAGGUAGGAAAAGUAGCACAGAUUACACCAGUUGUGGUUUCAAAAGCCUUAGAACUUUUUAUGCAAUCAAUUGUAGAUGAAACAGUUAAACAAGCUCGUAUUAAACAAGCAAAGAAAGUGACGAUUACACACAUGAAAAAUGCAAUUCAAUCGGCUGAUCAAUUCGACUUUUUAAUCGAUAUCAUAGAUAAAUAUACCAAUACAGGAAGUUUUGAAAAAGAUACAGGACAUUCAUCUGAAAAAAUACAAGAAAAUAAAAACGAUAUAACUUUUUUAGAAUCUAAUUCAUCAUCAAAAAAAAAGAAUAGCAAUUAA